GGAUUUAAGAAUUUUAUUCCCUCGCCGGUGUGCGCCAUUUAGUUCCAUAUUCCAGCAGUUUCCACUCGGUGUUACCGCGGGCUGUCGAAGACAACUGGAAAGGCCAAACCCCGGUGCAACAAUGGUGAAGCUGUUCAUUGGAAACUUAACCGAGGAGACGACUCGGGACGAGAUCGAAGCUCUGUUUACGCCGUACGGCACUAUAACAGAAUGUGCCAAGUACAAAAACUACGCCUUUGUCCACAUGGAUGACCGCAAGGCCGCCACGAAAGCCAUCCGCGAGCUCAACCUCUAUCAACUAAAUGGCAGACCUAUGAACGUGGAGCCCAGCCGAGGGAACAACCAAGGCCCGGUCAAGAUCCACAUCGCCAAUGUGGAGAGGGGCUUUGAGAAAGAGCUGAGAGAGCUGUUUGAAGAAUAUGGCACAGUCACAGAGUGUGCUAUCGUGAAGAAUUUUGCAUUUGUUCACAUGGCCAAUUCUGAAGAAGCCAUGGAUGCCAUAAAGGGCCUGGAUAACACAAUGUUUCAAGGACAAAACAUCCAUGUGCAGCUUUCAAAAAGCAAGCCUGCCUGGGCUAUGGGAGAGGAGGAUUACGGUCCGCCACCCCCCGGUAGAGGCUUUUACCCGCCUCAUCCUCCUCACCCUCCGCGCUUCCAUCCCGAGCCUCCCUACGGGGGCCGCAUGUCUUCGUACCCGCCUCCGCCCCCGCCGCCACCUCCUCCGAGGCGCCCAAUGUACCCCGACCGCGGCUAUGGCGAGCGUGAAGGCUACGGAGGUGGGGUGGUGGAUUAUUAUGAGAAAUUCCGCGCCCGUCCUUACGGCGCUCCAGGCUACGACGAUAGGCGCCCCGGGGCCAUCCCGCCGCCGCCGCCCCCACCUCCACCUUCAGUGAUGGGACGAGACCGCGUCGGCAUGGGCUCCCACGAAGGCUACGACCGACGGCCUAUCCCCCCUGCGCCCUACAUGCAGCGCGACCGCAGCCCCAUCAGACGGGCUCCCCAUCCUCCCCUGCCCGCUCCAGCGGCCGGAAACGGGUACUCGUACGAGCGCACCCGCUUCACCCCGCAGAUGAAACCUCAGCAGUAUGCGGCGCCGUUCCCCAGGAACAACUUCACGCAAAGCGGUCCUGUCGCUGCGCCGGCGCAGCCCGCCUAUACCAGCUACCCGGCCCCCGGCGUUUAACGCGGAGGUUUAGAAUAUGUCAAGAACGCCGUCUGCUGAUGCGCAAGGUGCUAUACGCUCCUCCCGCUCCCGCACGUCUAUGGUGGAUUGCGUUGCGUUCGCCGGAGACUUACUGGAAGAUACUCUAUUGCGGACAGCGACGUUCUUAAAAAAAACAAAACACAAACCAAGCAACCAUGCGAUUCUUUGUUGCAUUCACGUAUAUUUCUGAGUUGUCAAUGCCUUUUCUGUUCCUCUGUAUUACUCUUUAAAUUCUUAGUGUUUGGGUUUCAGUGCUUAGUUCGGUGUGGCGCAUUACAACACUGCUUUUCGGGCUCUUUCAAUUCACUUGGCCACUCGAAUAACGCCAUUAAUACCAUUUACUAAAAAUGGGAUGUUUGUGUAGACUGGUUUUGGUUUCCCAGUAAGUUUAAAAAAAAAAAAAAAAGAAAAGGCGUCGAGUGUUCCUCCAGACACACAUACACUUGUGGGACGUUUUAUAAAAUAGAUUACUCGUCCGACCUGUACGCAUGUCAAAUCCAAAUUUUAGUUUUCUCCUUAUGAUUUGCCCGUGUGUUUUCUGUUGUCCCCCUGCGUAUCUAGCAACGUUGUGUAUGGUUCUAGUUAGAUUGCCUUUUUUUUUUUCCCCCCCCCCCCUCCCUCUCGUUUGAAGGAUUUUUAA